AAACGGAGCUUGAUGGAGACUUCAAAAUAAUCACGUCAAAAUUUCUGAAAUAUGAAAUGACAUUACCUAUUAACCAAAAAUAAAUCGCAAAUCUACGGAUUUAUUCUGUUUAUUCCGCAAUUUGUAGUGUAUUCGAAUAAAAUACAAGAUGUCGUUUGUGUUUCGAAAGCCGAAAAAAAUUCAACGUCGUAUGUUUUGCGCUGAUGAUGAUGAGGAUGGGGAGCCUGAAGCACCGCCGCCGCCAGUCAUUAGCCAAGAAAAAGAGAAGGAGAAGAAAGAAGUAAAAUCUGUGAAGAGUACUCUAUUGAGUUUCGCUGACGAAGAGGAAGAAGGAGAAGUAUUCAAAGUGAAGAAGUCAUCUCAAAGCAAGAGACUGGCUAAGAAGAGAGAGAAAGAGAAACAGAAGAAUGUGAGAACAGAUGGUGAUAGUAACAAAUAUGAGAGUAACAUGCCGGAGGAAAAGAACAACCACACAGAGGAGAAUAGUGAGAAACCGAAACCUGGGAAGAAGAAGGUGACGUUAGAGGGGCUGAUACUGGCCGGACGGGAGGCGCUGGCGGCCGACGGCGCGGGGGACGUGUCGGACGACAGCGCGGCCGAGGAGGAGGCCGACGAGGACGAAAGGGGGUUCCAUCGGUACCGCGCGGAGUCCGUGAGGGCUGCGCUGUUGGGGGCGCCCGGCCGCAUUCCCGACGCCGCGCUCAUCCACGCCGCACGCAAGACCAGACAGCAGGCUCGCGAAUUAGGCGGAGACUAUAUUCCGGUGAAGCCAUCAGAGGCGGGGCCUGGGUCCCGACUGGUCAGAGACGAUGGCUCCGGUGAUGAUGAAGAGGAAGGCAGGAUACUUGUCAGGGGGCUGGACCUGCCUAGUGAUAAGCCCAAACGUGGCACGGCAGCGGUGUCCGAGGAGGAACUGGACAGCGAGGCCGAGGAGUGGGAGGAGCAACAGUUGCAGAAGGCCAGGCCCGUCAUCGCGGAUCUAACUGGUGAGAGUGUUAUGGACGUGAAUCCGUUCUCGGUGGCUCUGCCGGCGCCCCAGAUGUCUGCGCCGGAACACUUGCGCCCUCUGACGACGACGGGCACACAACCUCCGUCGACCGCCAAUGAACUUGUAGAUGCACUUAAGAAACGGUUAGAAGAGCUUCAAGUAGAAAGAGACGUAACGUCGAACACGCAGAAGGAGCUGAAGGAGAGGUUGUUGACGUCGGCUCGCAUACGGGAGAGUCGGGCGGCGCGCUGCGGGGAACUGGACGCCGCGUACAGGCGCGCGCAGGCCAUCCGGGGGUACCUCACCGACCUCAUCGAGUGCCUGGACGAGAAGCUGCCGCAGUUGGAGGCGUUGGAGGCCCGGGCACUGGCGCUGCACAAGCGGCGCUGCGAGUUCCUCAUCGAGAGACGGCGCGCCGACCUCCGCGACCAGGCGCAGGACGUACUGGCGCCGCCCGGUCGCGCCACGAAGGCGGCGGAGAACGAGGAGAAGACGCGUCGCGCGGCGGAGCGCGAGGGCCGGCGGCGCGCGCGGCGCCUGCGCAGGGAGGCAUGCGCCGCCGCCGCCGCCGCGCACAUCCCCCACCGCGACGGGGACUCCUCCGACGACGACCUGCCCCCCGCCGAGCUGCACCACUACUCGCACGAACGAGAGUCGAUCCGCGCGGCGAGCGGGACUGUGUUCAGCGACGCGCUGUGGGCGUGGCGCAGCGCGGCGGGGGUGGUGUCCCGGCUGGCGCGGUGGCGCGCGCGCAGCCCGCAGCUCUACGCCGACGCCUACGUCGCCGACUGCCUGCCCAAGCUCAUCGCGCCCUACGUGCGACACGAGUUAAUCCUCUGGAACCCGCUCGCAGACGAAGACAAUGAGGACUACGAGAAGAUGGAUUGGUACAAAUCUCUGAUGAUGUACGGCGUCCGGUCGGAGCGUUCCGGCCAGGACUCGUCGGAGUCGGCGUCGGACGGAGAGGUCGAGCCGGUCCCAGUAACGGAGGGCACGGUGAGGGAGGAUCCUGACCUCAUGCUGGUGCCCACCAUCAUCAGUAGGGUCGUGCUGCCCAAACUCACUGAGUUAGUGUCGAGUGCGUGGGACCCGAUGUGCGUGCGCGCGUGCGUGCGUCUACGCGCGUUGGUAAUACGCGGCGCGCGCGUGCCCGGCGCCGCGCCCGCGCUGCAACGUCUGGCCGCCGCCAUCCGCGCGCGUCUGCAGCAGGCACUCGCUGCAGACGUCUUCCUACCCACCUUACCACCAGCAAUAUUGGAGGGGUCUGGCGCGUUGUUCUGGCGGCGCUGCCUGGGCGCGGGCGUGCGCCUGCUGCGCGCCGCGCUGUGCCUGGCCGCGCCGCCCGCGCUGCUGCGCGCCGACCCGCUCGUACUCGCGCUCAUUGAGACGCUGUGCACGGGCGCGGGCGCGGGCGGCGGCCCGCAGAUGUCCCGCGCGGCGGCGGCGCUGUCGGCCACGCUGCCGCGCGCGCCGCACCCGCUGCGCACGCGCGCGCUGCGCCGCCUCGCACAGCUCGCCGCGCUCGCGCUGCAGCGCCUCGACACCGACAACCCCUUGCAUCUGAAAGCGAUAGAACAAGCGAGAGCAGUAAUCGCAGAAGCACGCGCGGUUGAAUGACACAAAGAUAGUUCCACCGCAGCCCACACUCGGUAGCAGGCAACCUGACAUUACGUGGCUUCGUCUUAGUAACACUAUCCACAAUCAAUUUUAAAUGAAAGUCUAACACUAGAAAUUAAUAACCAGUCUUAAUUCAAAAUCCAUCUAAAUUUUUUACAGAAAGUCUUAUAAAAAAUUGGCCUUAAACCAAAUAGCCCAGUCAAAAUAGACGAAAUUAAGUCGCUACCUAGAUAUAAUUCGCAUAGAGCUGAAAAUUACCAUACAUGUUAACUACAUCAUUAUAAACAAAAUGUCAAAAAUCCCCAUUGAUCUCACUUUUACUAAAAGAAAUAUUCAAGGCUUUUCAUUCUCGAAAACAGUAAGUUCAAAAUAUGUUAAGUUUAUGUCUAUGUUGACCGGGCUAAAAGAUAUUGGAUUGAGAUUGGUUUUUAAUUUCAACCGUGAUACCAAAAGGUUAUUUAUUAAUUCAGUGACAAGACAAGUAAUUGCAGCAAUAAAGUGAACAUGGUGCUAACCAAUAAAGUAAUGGAAAAUUUUGGUAAUCAAUAAAUAAAAAACAUAAUAUUCAAGUAUUACAUAUAGAAUACAUAGAAGACCUCUUUAAAAUAAUCUAGAUCCCUUAUCUAAUAUAAUCUGUGAGUCAGAUAUGUCAAUUUAUUACAAUAAAAUAAGUCUUAAUGUGAUUCUGUCACUUUCCACUUUUCAUCCUGCUAUUAUCCCACCAUGCAUCAAAAAUGCCAAACUGAUUUUUUAUUUUCUCACGGUUUUUUUAUUAACUUUCGAUGCAAAAAUGAUUUUAGUUUUUGGACUUGUCACCGUUACUUACUAAGCUACUAUUUACUUUUAUCAAACAACAUUAUGUCCGAGAUAAAUUAAAUAAAUAAUAAAAAAUAAAAUGGUAUCAGGUCAUCAAAAAUAUAACAUUUAGGGACCGUCCAUUAGUCACGUGAGGUUUUUAACAAUUUUUUUACCCCCCCUCCCCCUUGGUGAUAUGUGGUGAGAUUUAAGAUUAACUUCCCGCCCCCACCCAACAUCACGUGAUUACACAAAAUAUGUGGGUUAACAUUUUGUAGGUAAAACGAGUAACGGUAAAACGGGGUGAAUAGAAUUCGAGGGGUGAAUAGAUACAAAAGAGGGGUGAACGAAUAUAGGGAAAAUGUUCUAACAUCUAUUCACCCCGUUCCUGUAUCUAAUCACCCUUCAAAUACGGGGUGAAUACACCCCGUUUUACGUUUCCUAAAAAAUAUCAUCUAAAUUGGUUUAAGUUUAGAAAUGCAUUAUUAUAAUUACUAGUGGUCGCCUAGUGGUUGAAAUUCAACCAUAUAUGAUUUAAUUUACAAUACCACUUAACAUACGUUCAAGGAUAAUUUUUAUUGAACUCAAACUCAAACAAACUCUUUUAUAAAACUCUAUUCAUAUGAGACGUCAAUAAUCAUCGCAAUGUCUAUCGAUUUUGACGUUUUGUCAAAUACGAUCAGAUACUAUGCAUGUGUGUGUAAUGUUUUAUUUAUUGAUUUAAUGUACUUUAUACGCAUUAUUUUUGAAAAAUAUUAGCGUUCUGAACUUCUCCUACACAUAAACUAUAAGUGUACCAAAUUUUAUGUUCCUACGUCCGCGCAAUUUUUGUAAAAAGCGGUCCAAAGUUUUUGCAUCACGUAUUAAUAUAUAAAUACUCUUUUAUGGGGCAGUGGGAAAACCCACACUACACCCCGUUUUAAGGUUUAAUCCCGCGUUUGGCGAAGAUAUUAGUACAUGUGAUGUUUAAUCCCCCCCCCCCUUUCGCUCGUGAUUUUCUAUCGAUCCCCUCUCUUAAUUUAGUCUCACGUGAUUAACGGACGUCCCCUUAUGAGUAUUAUAGUUUCGUGUUACGUGGAGUGUCUAAACAUGCCCUGGAUAAUUUAAGUCUUCAGUACUUUUGGAAUAUUAAUAAAAAUACAUAAAUGUAAUAUAAGAUAGGAAUAGUGAUUGCUGUUGCAGCAUGGUCAUUGUGAAUGAUUUAUUAUAGAUAUUUAUGUAUACUUUGUAUAUAAGUAACUUAAUUCAUUUGUAUGAGAUUCUCAACAAGGAUGGAAAUAAAUGAUAUUUGGUCCG